UUUGAAAAACUCUCUUUACGCAACAUGGCUAUUGGAAAGAACAAGAGACUGUCCAAGGGAAAGAAAGGUAUCAAGAAGAGGGUUGUCGACCCAUUCACCAAGAAGGAGUGGUACGACAUCAAGGCCCCAACCACCUUCGAAAACAGAAACGUCGGCAAGACUUUGAUCAACAAGAGUACCGGUUUGAAGAACGCUGCUGACGGUCUCAAGGGCAGAGUUGUUGAGGUUUGUCUUGCUGACCUGCAAGGUUCCGAAGACCACUCGUACAAGAAGAUCAAGCUGAGAGUUGACGAGGUCCAAGGUAAGAACCUGCUCACCAACUUCCACGGCAUGGACUUCACCACCGACAAGCUGAGAUCCCUUGUUAGAAAAUGGCAAUCCCUUGUGGAGGCCAGCGUCACUGUCAAGACCUCCGAUGACUAUGUUUUGAGAGUUUUCUGCAUUGCUUUCACCAAGAGACAAGCCAACCAAAUCAAGAAGACCACCUACGCUCAGUCCUCCAAGUUGAGAGAAGUGAGAAAGAAGAUGAUGGAGAUCAUGACCAGAGAGGUCUCUAACUCCACCUUGGCUCAGUUGACCGGCAAGCUGAUCCCAGAGGCUAUCGGCAGAGAGAUUGAGAAGAGCACCCAAUCCAUCUUCCCAUUGCAGAACGUUCACAUCAGAAAGGUCAAGCUGCUCAAGCAGCCAAAGUUUGACCUCGGUAACUUGCUUGCUUUGCACGGCGAGGGUUCUGUUGAGGAGAAGGGCAAGAAGGUUGCUGGAGGUUUCAAAGAUGUUGUUUUGGAGACCGUUUGAGCGACCACCGGGCGUAGCCAGGUAUAUGAUAAAUAAUUGAAGUUCAAUUAAG